CCCCGUCAAUGCGGAAGUGUCUCCAUGCUGUAUUUACUCUCAUUCAUCCAUACACAUAUUAUGUUUAAUCUCUGCUGAAUGUAAAAUCAACUCAGAACCAUCAGAAGAUGCAGCGCAGGAGGACCAACGGACGAGACGAUGCGGACAGCGCCAAAUCUGACAAAAAGAAGACAGCAGUGGAGUCUGAUGCUACUAGUGUGAGUGUCUCUCAGAGGAGCUGCUGGUCUGUUGUGUUUUUCUGGUUGAAGGUUCUGCUCUUCAUAAUCUUCACUCCAGCUUUCCUGAACUACACCUCACUGCAGAGAGAGGGACAAUUGCUUUCACCCACAGGUGCUCAGUUGAUCGAUAUUGGUCUGGGCCAAAAGAUCCAUCUGUUGUGCAAAGGACAUGGACGACCAGUUGUGGUUCUUGAUGCUCCAGCAGGGAUGUCUUCAGACAUUUGGUACCAUGUGCAGGAGAGUCUAGCAUUAACAACAAAGGUGUGCACCUAUGACAGAGUGGGUCUGGGUUUCAGCCGAAGAACCCUGCAGAAUGAAACCACAGGCAUGGAGAAGGUCUGGGGAAUAUCAACCACUGGAAGAAUGGUGGAUGACCUUCAUCGAUUGGUUAUGGCUGCAGAUAUAGCCACUCCCUUUAUCCUGAUUGGCUCUGAACUGGGCACGCUCAACAGCAGGUUCUACAGCCACAUCCAUGACACGCAAGUGUCGGACCUGGUGUUGAUCGAUCCGAUCCCAGAGGAGGUCUUUGAAGAGGAGAAGUGGCAGCAGUACUGGUACUCUCACCUCGUCCCCUCCCUGCAGAUGAUGCAGUUCUCUGCGGCGGCAGGUUUGAGUCGCCUGCUCAUUAUUCUGGGCGUUUUGCAACCUGUCAUUCAGGGAGACGACAUCUCGGAGGAACUGCUACAGCGGCAGAAAUAUCUGUUAUGUAAUCCUGCUCACCAGAGUGCUGCAGUCGACGAACAUUUCUUUCUUAACGAGAGCGCAUCUCAAGUCAGGGAGAUCUCGAGAUAUAAGCCUCUCUCUAGCAAGACAUCAGUGCAUGUGAUCACUGGAGAAUUGUAUGAUGAACAACUUCCAGCUGAUCUCAACCAAGUAAUUGCUGAACUUCAGAGUAAUGUUUUGGAGCAGUCUUAUCCCCGUGCCAAUCACAUUAAAAUUCGUGGGGCGGAUCGUCACAUGAUCUAUAAAAAUCCAUCGUCAUUUAUAAAACAUCUGCUCAAGCUUGUGUCACAAAAGCAGUCCAACCAACAGAGACAGUAAGGUGCUUCAAGAAAUGUGACCUAACCGCAGGACAAAUGAAUUCAAUAAAAGUUAUGUUUUUACAGCU